UCCGUAUGUGUCGGUUGUGUGUGCUAUUGUGUCCGAUGACAACACGCGUCAGCCUUUGCUAUUUAUCAUCCGACACCGAGUGAGCGCGCGCGCGUGAGAGAGAGAAAGAGAGCACGAGCAGUAGGCGCUUUGUUUUCCAUUCCAUUCGCUGCGGUGGCGGUGUGAAGGUGGUUUGGUUUUGAUGUUGCUUUUGCCUUGUUUUUGCAGUCCAUUUUAGAACGCGCGCGUUCCGCGUUUCCCAAGCCCCAACUUCGUCAGCCAUUCAUCUAUUCCGUGAUUGUGUGUGUGUGUGUGUGUCGCGUUUGACAGUUUUGACAGUUCACUCGAGCAAUAGAGGCAGCAGAAGCAGCAGCAACAACAACACGACCACCAUCGCCAAAUAGAGGCUGCAGCAAGCCAAAAAAAAAACAUUGCAAACGAAAGAAAGAGAAAGAGAGUCUCUAUAUAUAUGUGUGUGUGUGUAUGUGCGAAAUAGAAAAGCAGAGCGGAAGACGGGUAAAGUCGUGAGUAAUCAAUUCGCGCAACAUUUUUCGGCUGCCCAGUAUCAUCGGUGCGUUUGCGUGUGUGUCUAUCGAGUUUUCUUUCGUUCGCGUUUUUUUUUCGCCACCCUCCCGGUCAUCGUAUCAACCCCCCCGGCAGGCGGUUGCCCUGGUUCUGGGAGGGUUUUUUUUUGUUUCAAUUGUUGUGCUGGUUCCGUGCUGAAUGUGUGUGAUCUGAUAUUGCAAAAAAGGUGCAAUCACAACACGGCACAACAUUGCUUCCCACACAUACACACACGCGCGCACGCAGUGUGCCGUGAUCCCUCUAUCGGAAGAGUUUUGCGUAGUGAAGUUGCUGUAGUACGCCCACCACCACCACCACCAUCGACAUCUUCGCGCCCCGAACAGUUGGAAGACGAUCGUGCGCAGGAAAAGUAAAGAAAAAAGAGGGACACGUCGUCGAACAUCUCAGACAGUACCGAAUUUGUCAUACAAUAAGCGUGUGGAAACAAUAUACACGUACACACACACACCAACGCGGAUCGUUGUAGGAAGUGGCAGCAGCAGCCCGUUUUUAGGUAGCAGCGCUCUGGAAGGUUGCGCGAGCUUGUUUCGGGGGACCCUUGCAGCUGGCUGUAAAGUGCACUGACACAGACACACACAUACAAACGUGCGCAUACACUCGAUCUACAACUUAUCUCCCCCCCACCCAUCCCCUUCGUCGGAAACCCGUGUCACCGAGUCAGAAGCGAUCGGCGACCUUCACUGUGCGCACCGUUUACUCGAUGCGUAUUGCUGCGAGAGCCCCCGCGAGAGCCUCCUGCUGUGCACUUGCACUUGCGCCCGUUCGCAUCAGCUGCCCGCCACCACCACCACCACCAGCCAGUUGUGAUCGGUUAGCUCUGAUGGAGAGGAAUCUCUAAUGCUACAUCAUAAUCUGCGCUACACACCGACAUCAGCUCGAGAUGCGAUACUUCACGCGGAACCUUAAUGCCUUCGCCUGCUGCUGUUCGCUGCUGCUCCUACCGCUCGGCGGCCUCGCCGAUGUGGAGCGGGGCGCCCCGGAAGCCCCGGCGAAGGCACCCAUCCACCAACACCAACAACACCAUCCUCACCAGCAGCCCCAAUCAGUCAAACUCCAUCAACCGGCGGUGCCGUCCUCCGCCGCCUACCAUCAACCAGCACCCGGCACCGGUGCCGCCCAGCAUCCGGAUGGGCCAGCGCCGCAACAGCCGGUCCAUUACCAUCAGCAGGCGGCACCGGCAGCGCCGGCAACGUCCGCGUCGCAAGAUCGGUCUCUAUCCCGGCAGCCGCCCUCCUCGCUGGCGGCCACCUCGGCGCCACCCCGGCCACUCGAAACGCGCAACUCCUACACCGUGCUGAGCCAAGCGAUGUCCCAGGCAGUUCAUCACGAAUUCGAUUUCCUAUUUCUCAUUUCAGGCACGUACGGGAGCGGGGCGAUGGCCGGCGAUGCCGGCAGUGCCUGCACGAUCGACGACAUCGACUGUCUGGCGCACCACGACCAGCUCGGGAUGGAAGCGAUCCGUUCGUUGCAUCAGCAGCUCGAUGACGAUGAUAACGGUGACAUCGAUCUUUCCGAAUCUGACGACUUUCUGAGGGAAGAACUGAAGUACGACUCGGGCUACGAGAAGCGCCACAAGGCGUUCCACUUCAACGACGACAUGCACAUCUCGGUGAAGGAGCUGUGGGAAGCGUGGCUCCGAUCGGAGGUGCACAACUGGACGGUGGAUCAGACGACCGAGUGGCUGGCGCAGAGCGUCCAGCUGCCCCAGUACGUGCCCCUGUUCCGGCUGCACAAGGUGACCGGGAAGGUGCUGCCCCGGCUGGCCGUGAACAACAUGCACUACGUCAGCAACGUGCUCGGGAUAAAGGAUCCGAUCCACAAGCAGAAGAUAGCGCUCAAAGCGAUGGAUGCCGUCCUGUUCGGGCCACCGCGUGAAACUGGAACCCGGUGGAAAGAUCUGCUGCUCGUCACGCUCCUUCUGACGGCCAUCAUCGGCAGCUGGUAUGCGUAUCAUCAGAACAAGAGCGCCAAAAUACACAUCCGCCGCAUGGCGAAGGAUGUGGAGGGUUUGCUGAAGGCGGAAGUCGCCCUGAAAGAGAUGCAGAAGGAGCUGGAACAGGCCCGGAUCGAGCAGGAGAACGUGGGCAAGGAAAAGAUGGAUCUCGAGCGGCGCCUCCGCGAGGCGCCGACCCUGUCCUCCUCCAGCUCCGACCUGGAGCUGCAGCAGCUGAAGCAGGAGAUCGAGGUGCUGCGGUCCGAGCUGAACCGGGCGGAGGUGGAGAUCCACGACCACUGCUGGACGCCGCCGCAGGGGCUGCAGAGCUGGCUGCAGCUGACGUACGAGCUGGAGAACAAGCACCACAUCCGCAAGCGCAUCAUGGCGGAGAAGCAGCUCGAGCAGGCGCGGGAAGCGUGCGAGAAGCUGCGCAAGAAGCGCUCCAGCCUGGUCGGUGCGUUCGUGUCGACGCACGGCAAAAGCAUCGACGACGUCGACCGGAGCAUCGUCGAGGCGCGCAACGCGCUCAACGACGUGACGAACGAUCUGCAGGAGCGGAUGCACCGGUGGAAGCAGAUCGAAACGAUGCUCGGGUUCGGCAUCGUCAACAACAGCGGCAUCGCGCACCUGGAGAAUCUGCUCUACAAUCGCAACGGCGUCGCCGGCAAAACGUACCGAUCGCGACUGUCGAGUAGCCAGGACGAUCUGGACGAUGAUUCCGUGCAAGCCUCUUUCAAAUGGCCCGAGCUGAUAGCACGGACCUGGUCGCCCUGGAAUCCCCAACGGUACCUAUUCCACCGUCAGCUUCAACAGUCUCGACGCCCGCGUCGUUCGCUCCGGGCGCCGGCGGCGGCGGCCUCGUUGUUGUCGCUGGCAGUGCCGGCCCCUACCACCAGCAGCAUGUGCAGCACCAGCUCCAGCAGCGGUUCGUCGACGGUAAAGUUCCACAGCAACAGCAGCAGCAGCAUCAACAGCACGGGCCGGAUCUAUACCAGCCUGCUCGGCGAAACGGAGGCGGCAGCCAGAAGCCUGCGCCGGUGGCCCUCGGAGACCCAGUCGCUGCCGGCGGUGGAGGCGGCGGCGGCGGCGGCAUCGGCCUCGGCGCCGGCGGCACCCUGCCCCAGCUCGACGAUGCCGGCUCGACGGACUCGUCCCUGUUCGACGAGGACGUUAAGAAGCGCCCCCGGAAGCUGUUUUCUUUCGGGAAGCGGUUUGCCAAGUCGAAGAAGCAGCAAUAGCAGUGGCAGCAGCAGCAGCAGUAGCAACAACAGCAACAUCAACAGCUGCAGCAAGGACACCGACAGCGCGCGGACGGGCGGGAACGUUAACGCUCAGCAACUGGACGACGACAUGCCGCGGCCCGGCCAGCGAAGACGCCGGCACCAGCGACGACGAUGGUGGUCCACAUCAUCACGGCAAGGGGACAGCAGCAGCAACAGCACAGGCGUACGACGGUUCCCACCGACGGACACCCAUUUGACAUAGUACUUCCGUUACUUAGGUUUUUAAAGUCUACAGUUCUUAGGGCUAACUUAACUUAAGGCUUUUUACACACCCAUAAACACAACACACACACACACACAACACAUCAACACUCGCACGCGGUACCGUAUGCGAAAUAGGGGGAAAGGGGAAGGGGAAUACACUCGAAAAGGGGCAGCUUAGCGUGGGCAGCCGGGUUGUCUCUAGACACCCGGAAGCUGCGCGCGAGAGCGUCCCUCCGACACCAAACGGCUGCAGGAAUCUUUGACCAAUAUUUAUUGACUCUGAUAUAUGUUAGGUUAUGGUUUUGCUUUCUCCCGAGCUUGAGGAAGAGCGGGGUUAAGUUUGCUGGUUGAAACGGUAAGCGGAGCGACAAAAACAAAGAGGGAAAGAGUAGAAAGAGCCGCUUUUAGUUGCGUUUGUGUGUCUGUAGUCUUCCGCAAAGCUGUUUCCGACACGGAAGUAGCGAAUGGUGGAAAUGAGGGGAGGAGGGGGGGUAUUAGAACCACUUUUUGUUUGUGAAUCUGGGGAAAAAUGUAACGCCUCCUAACGAUGAGGGGGCGGAGGAUGGAGCUCGAAAGGGAGCGAAGAAUACACGUUUUUUUUUCGUUUUGUUUUUACUCGCGCUCUGACACGGUGCGCGACAUUCGGUACACUUGCUUUAAUAAUGUGAGACUGCCACUCCACGUACUUUUGUGGCCGCGCAUGUGUGUAACUGGGGGAAUGGGGGAUGCACAAAGGGAAAGCGUGCAAGGCACGUUUGUCAAACCCGGCCGGUUGUGUGGUAGCCAUUUUAUGUAGAUAGGAACAAAUAUGGAUGUGCGCCCGUAGUGGAGUGGAAGGCGACGACGGGGACUAUUUAGCCAAUCGGAAGUCAUUAGAUAAAACAAUGCAAACACACACACACACACACAAACGCAUAGCAAAUUCUAGAUAAAAAUAGUUACAUUGCGCACACAUAUUAAUAUAUACACUAUACACUCAACAAAAAAAAAACAAACUUAAAACGUUAUCCGAAAAGUCUGACCAAAUUCUAACGGGAGUGAAGCAAAAAAGGACCGUAAAAAGGAAACUAUACACAAACGGCCCGCUAAACGAAGCAAAACAGGUGGCAGGUGGCAAAAACGAAUGUCAAUAACUAAUGUAGGUGUACUGUGUCUAGCAGGGCGCAAGCAAAGGACAAACAAUUCAACGGAAGGUAGAAACGCAAGCAAAAGGCACGUGGUUAAGGUUGCGUGAGGCGAGAACCGUACAAAAAAAAACACACACCCCGUUGCUGUAGGUUUAGUGUAGUUUCGUUUCUGUUUUAUACAACUACCUACUACUACCUAACACCCCCCCCCCCCCCCUCCCCCACAACCACAGCCCCGAUCUCUCGUCCCCAUUCCCUUCGUCUCGCAUGAUGAGCACCUGUCUAGCGACACUACGCAUAAAAAAACAGCACGCAGCUUAUUUAUUAAGUAAAGGACACGUUUAGCACACCGUUAGGAUGUUUGCAUACAGGGGUUUCCAGGGGUUCUCAUAGUUGCGAGACAUUUCCUUGACUUUUUCCAAUGGCAAGUGAACUUCAUAUGACGGACAUUAGAAUUUAUGGCACCCUUGAUGGACGAGCUCCUUAGAAAUUUCUAUUGGAUUUGUGCAGCAAGGGUGCUAUAGAGUCCAAUUCCCAUUACAUUAAGUUCAUUUCAAGUAAGAAGGAGUCAAUCAAGUGUCCCACAGCCAUGAGAACUCCUGGAAACCCGUGUAAAAUACUAAGCUGGAUUGUAUAACGAUUGUCUAGCAAAGUCGUUGGGGUUUCGUUUGCGCUUACUAUAUAUCUCUCUCUCCCUCAACGAUUGUUUGCGUAUUUGAUACACGCAACGCGGCUAUUUAUUUAUUGCAUCAAUUUGCUAAACCUCUGGACUGUUGCUUUUUUUUUUGUGCACACCACCAAUGAUCAGCACACUUAUUUGUUUGCACCAUGGCACGUACGUUUUGUUUUAUUUUUUGUGUGUCUAAGACGGCGUUUUGGGAUGUUUGUCUUUUUCUUAAUUGUACCAUCCUUACGCUGCGGAUCUGUCUUCGAUGCUGUUGUUGUUGUUUUUUUUUUUGCACUGUUCACAACAACAAAGGGACAAAGGCACAACAGGAAUGCGCACACAUACUUACCUUUACUUAAUGUACGCACACGUAUGGGGAUUACCGUUGGGGAAGGCUCUCUGGCACACCAGACACGUUGCGGACCGUAGCGCGGCCUGCAAUGUGUCGUGCCGCCGGGAUCUGUUUGUUGUUUUUUAGUUGUUGUUUUUUUCUUCUUUCUUCUCCUUUUCAUCUUCUUUCUUUCUCUUCCAGUGUGUAACAUUCCGGCAUUAUCGAUAGUGAAUCGUGUACGGUUUUGUUUUGUUACUUCUGAUCAAAACGUUGUUUAUGCACGGUCCGGCAUAUGAAAUGCAUCUUGGGUGGGGGUAGUGGUGGUGGCUUUUCGUGGGUGGUGGUGGGUUGUUUUGGGUGGGUUUUCACACUCACUCACACAAAACAGGAGGUACACAAUACUUAACAAAUAGAAUCACACAUUAGCAGCCUGCUUUACUUAACAAACAAAUAUAAUUAUAAGAAACGGUUAAAAAAAUAACGGCGCAAGCGAUUUUAAAAAGGCAAACGGUGUUUUUGAGGGUUAUCAAAAAACAAAAAGCAAAAAAACGAAAGCAGAUGGAAGUGAGCGAUAAAACGACUUCACUCUGUGCGCGUGAUAAUGUUUGCUUCUUUAGACGUUUUGCGUUUGUGGUUUAUUAUUAUUAUUUUUUAUUUAAAAAUGAUACAAGAAACCUCUCUUCAACGGUAUCACGGGGCGCGCAGGCUCCAAACCCCCCAAAGGCGGCACACAAACAGGAAAGGUUUAGGGGGAUGGGGAGAGAAGAGAAGAGGAGACAGGGGGGGGGGGGGCUACUAGCAGGCAAAGAAAGCAGUAACAGGUGUUGUGUAAAUAUAUAAAUAAACGAAGAAAGGUAUUAUUAUGCAUAAUGACAAUUUAUAGAGCGUUAGGAGCAUGCGGAGCACGAAGAGAGGAUCCCAGGGCCACUGCGUCUCGUAUGCCUUUUUACCGGCUUCCAGCCACCUCGCUCGCACGUUCGGCAAGCAAAAGAAGAAGCGGAAGAAGAAGGGGGCGACUGUUGUUUUAUUUUUAAUUUAAUUUUUAUCUGUUCCUCGCACACCCCCGCCGCACACCACCCGCGCUUGGUUUAGGGUGCGUGUGUGUGCGCGCGCGUGUGUGUGUGUGUAUGGUAUAGGCAAAUGAACAUUAUUGAUAAAAUCAAACUAGAAAAAGGCAAGAAAAGGACACGUGACCGUAAAGUACACUCAAGCAACAGAAACAGAAGCAAAAGAAUCACAAACACCCACACACGAACGUGUGCUAGCAGAAGGAAGCUGUGUAUAGAUAUAUAUACAAGAGGAGAGGAAAAACAAGAUGGAAGAAUCUUAAGUGGAAGAAGGUUGUAAACUGAACAAGAAAAGCAAUAAAGCGAAAAAAGAGGAAAAA